CCUAAGCAAGCACUCUACACAGCCCACUGGAGCAACUACACACACAAAAAAAAGAGCUUCAGAUCAACCCAGAACAGAGAAGGGAGGGGGCAGGAGGAGGGGAAGAAAACGCCCUGGAAAUCUGGUUGACCAAGAAAUAGGAAAAGAGUGACAGACUCCUACCAGACUGAAAAGUUGUGGCAGAGUUGAAGUGCUCUUCUAGGGCAGGGGAGAAGCCACGAUUUCCAGGAUGCUCAAGCUGGUGUGAGGCUCCUCGCGCGCAAGGCUUGCGCACAGAGAAAACCAAGAAGAAAAGCAAAAAUUGAAGCCCUUGGCUUUGCUUGAGCAAUCCAAGGAAAUACAAUAAAGGCUUUUCCAUUACUGCAAGGUUGCAGAAAAGGAGAAAAAAAAUCAAGAUGGCUGAUGAAGACGUGACCAGGGAGGUGCUCUUCCCCGACUGGGAGGGUCCAGACAAAACUGGCUUGACCAUUGAACAUGCAAGUACAGGCGAAAUGUUUGUCAAGGAGGUGAAAGGGGAGUCCCCUGCAGCACGAUCAGGACAAGUACAUGAAGGUGACCAAAUUGUAGGUGCCACUAUCUACUUUGAUAACAUGAGCACAGAAGAGAAGACAGAUCUAAUGAAAGUACUGGCUCGGCACAAAGUUGGACUGAAACUGCAAAAUAAAGCAGACAAAUCCCCAUGCUACUCACCUUUGAGCACCCCAUGUCGUUCACCAAUGGGCACGCUCACAUGGGAAGGGAGGACAAGCUUUGGAGGCUCUAGUCCAGACAUAGUCCUUAGUGGAGAUGAUGAGGACUACAGGAGAAUAUACACAAAAAAGAUAAAACCAAGGCUGAAGUCUGAAGACCUUGCAGAAGGAGUGGAUGUCCGCACAGAGCGACACAGCAGCACGAGUAGCGAUGGCAGCACAAUUACCACCAUUACUCGUCGCAUCACUACUUACACGGUAGAUGUACCAAGUGACAUCAGUGAGAAACUUGAACUUUCAAGCCCAGACCUCAAAAGGCUACAACAUGAGUCUGGAGAUUCCUCUCCAAGUAUCACAAUCUUGCGUGGCAACCUCUCAAGUAGAGUGGGAGCAGAGGAAGGAGUAUUUGAUUCAAGCGAUCUUAGUUACACUGGUCCAGGGGAAGUUGAAACAAGAACAGUUAUAAGAGAUGGAAAACAGAAAUGUUCAGAUGUCGGAUAUAAAGGACUUGCAUCAAGAGUUACAGACAGCGAAAUCCCUGAAAUUUUUAGAGUGAGUGCAGAGCAAGAGGGAGAAAGCAUUUUGAUUUCAAAAAAGAGCAUGACACAAUCAGACAGUACAAUGACUGGUAAUAGCCAUAUGACAAUAGGAAGGUCGGAAGUAGCAGAAACAACCUUAGGUGCCAAAAACGGAGCAUCAGGUAGUUGGUCAAUCCGAGAAAAAGACAUGCAAAUUGGGAUUUCAACCAAAGGAAAAACAAAUAUGGGAGGUUUUAAAGGCAUUUUUGAUGAAAAAACAAAAGUAAGCACAUCUGAAAAUGUUAUCAGUAACACAGAGAGCAAGCAAGCAGGCACAUCUGAUGUAAAACUUGGUGGGACAUCUGGAAAUGGUACAGACCUGAGAUUACUCAGGUCAGGUACUGACCUGAACACUAUUCAUUUAGAAUAUUCCUCAAAGUCAGGCACAAUUUCCGACACUGGGAAGAACAUAGAUUUUAAAAGCUACAACCAAACAGUAAACCUACCAAGCGCACAGGAAGAAAGGAAAGUAUCUGGAAAUGUCACUAAUAUUUGGGAUACUGAAACUGACAAAACUGUGAGUGGUACAAAAAGCACAACAAUCAAGGUAACUUCAGUAGGAAUGAAAGAAAUCAGGAAAGAUGAAAAAAUGUUGGAAGGAAAAUUAGGAGGUGAGGCAGAUGUGUCAAAGCCCGGGGUAAAGGUAGAGGUUUCAGGUAAACAUGUAAACACUGAAAUGAAAGAAGGGGAUAUUAACAUUCCUUAUAAAGACAUUGAAAUACAUGAAAAAUCAAACAAGGAUUUGAAUAAAAGAACUGACACUGACAUUCCUAGAUUUAAAAUUCCAUCAUUUGGCACAAAAAGCCAAAAAGAAGAAGAAAAAGACAGUUGUGUACAAAUUCCAGUAGCAAACAUUAAUGUGAAAGACGCAGGUGUCAACAUAAUGAAAUCUGAUCUGGAAAGGGAGAAUGAAGACACUAAGAAAACAAGUAAAGAAUUUAAUGUGACAAAAAGUUCAGGAAAACAAAGUUUAGUGUCAGACAUAGAAUCAAACCUAAAAGCUUCGAAUUUACAGGUUGAGAAAGAAACAUCAACCAAGGUACCCAAUGAAAUGCAGAAAAAGACGAAGGAAUCAUUCAAUGUUAAGACUUCUGAAGUCAAAAUGUCAGAAUUUGACAUCCAACUAAAACAGCCAAAAAUUGUUGAGGAUUUAAAUGGCGGAGUUGCAAAAGGAAAAGAAAACAUAAAAGCUUCUACUAAAGGUAGUGAAGUAACAAAUAAAGAACCCAAAGGCCCUAAGUUCAAAAUCCCAUCAUUUAGCAAAAGCCUCCCAGGUAACCAAGAGCUAAAUGUUGAAGUGACCCUUAAAGAAGAAAACAAAAAAAGACAGGCACAUAACAUUGAAGGUAUAGGUGGGGGUGUUUGUGUUAAAACACCAGAAACACCGGAUUUGGGCAUUGGAGGAGCUGAGUUGGACAUUGAAGGGGCAAAAGGAGGUUUUAAAAUGCCUAAAUUCAAAAUGCCAACUUUUGGUAGUAAAGGUCACAAAUUGGAAGGCCCAGAUGUUGAUGUUAAUCUGCCCUCUGCAGACAUGAAAGUCAAAGCGCCAGAGGUUGACAUCGCAGCACCAGAUGUUGAUAUUGAGGGUCCAGAUGCCAAAUUCAAAGGACCUAAAUUUAACAUGCCAAAAAUGCCAGGAAUGAAUGUCUCCAUGCCAGAUGUGGAUUUCAACUUGAAAGGUCCCAAGGUCAAAGGAGACAUAGAGACAUCCUUACCAAAGAUAGAGGGAGACAUAAAAACUCCUAACCUUGAUAUCAAGGGUCCAGACGUCAACAUUGAUGGGACAAAGGCUGGAUUUGAAAUGCCUAAAGUAAAAAUGCCAUCACUCAACAUCAAAGGUCCAAAAAUGGAAAAACCAGAGUUUGACAUUAAACUAAAAGGCCCAAAAGCUGUAGGAGAUUUGGAUGUCAAAGGUCCAAAGAUUGAAGAAGACAUAGAAGCACCGGAUGUGGACAUUGGAGGAGCUGAGUUGGACAUUGAAGGGCCCAAAGGUGGUUUCAAAAUGCCUACAUUCAAAAUGCCAACUUUUGGCAGUAAAGGUCACAAAUUGGAAGGCCCAGAUGUUGAUGUUAAUUUGCCCUCUACAGACAUUGAAGUAAAAGCACCAGAAGUGGACAUCACAGCACCAGAUUUUGACAUAAAGGGUUCAGAUGCCAAAUUCAAAGGACCUAAAUUUAACAUGCCAAAAAUGCCAGGAAUGAAUGUCUCCAUGCCAGAUGUGGAUUUCAACUUGAAAGGUCCCAAGGUCAAAGGAGACAUAGAUGCAUCUUUACCAAAGAUAGAAGGAGACAUGAAAACUCCUGAUCUUGAUAUCAAGGGUCCAGAUGUCAACAUUGAUGGGACAAAGGCUGGAUUUGAAAUGCCUAAAGUAAAAAUGCCAUCACUCAACAUCAAAGGUCCAAAAAUGGAAAAGCCAGAGCUUGACCUUAAACUAAAAGGCCCAAAAGUUGGAGGAGAUUUGGAUGUUAAAGCUCCAAAGAUCGAAGGCGAAAUAAAAACACCUGAUGUGGACAUUGGAGGAGCUGAGUUGGACAUUGAAGGGCCAAAAGGAGGUUUCAAAAUGCCUACAUUCAAAAUGCCAACUUUUGGCAGUAAAGGUCACAAAUUGGAAGGCCCAGAUGUUGAUGUUAAUCUGCCCUCUACAGACAUUGAAGUAAAAGCACCAGAUGUGGACAUCACAGCACCAGAUGUUGACAUGAAGGGUCCAGAUACCAAAUUCAAAGGACCUAAAUUUAACAUGCCAAAAAUGCCAGGAAUGAAUGUCUCCAUGCCAGAUGUGGAUUUCAACUUGAAAGGUCCCAAGGUCAAAGGAGACAUAGAUGCAUCCUUACCAAAGAUAGAGGGAGACAUAAAAACUCCUAGCGUGGCUACCAAGGGUCCAGACGUCAACAUUGAUGGGACGAAAGCUGGAUUUGAAAUGCCUAAAGUAAAAAUGCCAACCCUCAACAUCAAAGGUCCAAAAAUGGAAAUGCCAGACGUUGACAUUAAACUAAAAGGACCAAAAGUUGGAGGAGAUUUGGAUGUUAAAGCUCCAAAGAUUGAAGGAGACAUAAAAGCUCCGGAUGUGGACAUUGGAGGAGCUGAGUUGGACACUGAAGGGCCAAAAGGAGGUUUUAAAAUGCCUAAAUUCAAAAUGCCUACUUUUGGCAGUAAAGGUCACAAAUUGGAAGGCCCAGAUGUUGAUAUUAAUUUGCCCUCUACAGACAUUGAAGUAAAAGCACCAGAUGUGGACAUCACAGCACCAGAUGUUGACAUGAAGGGUCCAGAUACCAAAUUCAAAGGAACUAAAUUCAACAUGCCAAAAAUGCCAGGAAUGAAUGUCUCCAUGCCAGAUGUGGAUUUCAACUUGAAAGGUCCCAAGGUCAAAGGAGACAAAGAAGCAUCUUUACCAAAUAUAAAGGGUGACAUUAAAACUCCUGACCUUGAUAUCAAGGGUCCAGACGUCAACAUUGAUGGGACAAAAGCUGGAUUUGAAAUGCCUAAAGUAAAAAUGCCAUCAAUCAACAUCAAAGGUCCAAAAAUGGAAAAGCCAGAAGUUGACAUUAGACUAAAAGGCCCAAAAGUUGGAGGAGAUUUGGAUGUUAAAGCUCCAAAGAUCGAAGGAGACAUAAAAGCACCUGAUGUGGACAUUGGAGGAGCUGAGUUGGACAUUGAAGGGCCAAAAGGAGGUUUUAAAAUGCCUACAUUCAAAAUGCCAACUUUUGGCAGUAAAGGUCACAAAUUGGAAGGCCCAGAUGUUGAUAUUAAUUUACCCUCUACAGACAUUGAAGUAAAAGCACCAGAUGUGGACAUCACAGCACCAGAUGUUGACAUGAAGGGUCCAGAUACCAAAUUCAAAGGACCUAAAUUUAACAUGCCAAAAAUGCCAGGAAUGAAUGUCUCCAUGCCAGAUGUGGAUUUCAACUUGAAAGGUCCCAAGGUCAAAGGAGACAUAGAUGCAUCCUUACCAAAGAUAGAGGGAGACAUUAAAACUCCUAGCGUGGCUACCAAGGGUCCAGACGUCAACAUUGAUGGGACGAAAGCUGGAUUUGAAAUGCCUAAAGUAAAAAUGCCAACCCUCAACAUCAAAGGUCCAAAAAUGGAAAUGCCAGACGUUGACAUUAAACUAAAAGGACCAAAAGUUGGAGGAGAUUUGGAUGUUAAAGCUCCAAAGAUUGAAGGAGACAUAAAAGCUCCGGAUGUGGACAUUGGAGGAGCUGAGUUGGACACUGAAGGGCCAAAAGGAGGUUUUAAAAUGCCUACAUUCAAAAUGCCUACUUUUGGCAGUAAAGGUCACAAAUUGGAAGGCCCAGAUGUUGAUAUUAAUUUGCCCUCUACAGACAUUGAAGUAAAAGCACCAGAUGUCGACAUCGCAGCACCACAUGUUGACAUAAAGGGUCCAGAUUCCAAAUUCAAAGGAACUAAAUUCAACAUGCCAAAAAUGCCAGGAAUGAAUGUCUCCAUGCCAGAUGUGGAUUUCAACUUGAAAGGUCCCAAGGUCAAAGGAGACAUAGAUGCAUCCUUACCAAAGAUCGAGGGAGACAUAAAAGCCCCUGACCUUGAUAUCGAGGGUCCAGAUGUCAACAUUGGUGGGACAAAGGCUGGAUUUGAAAUGCCUAAAGUAAAAAUGCCAUCACUCAACAUCAAAGGUCCAAAAAUGGAAAAGCCAGAGUUUGACCUUAAACUAAAAGGCCCAAAAGUUGGAGGAGAUUUGGAUGUUAAAGCUCCAAAGAUUGAAGGAGACAUAAAAGCUCCGGAUGUGGACAUUGGACGAGCUGAGUUGGACAUUGAAGGGCCAAAAGGAGGUUUCAAAAUGCCUAAAUUCAAAAUGCCAACUUUUGGUAGUAAAGGUCACAAAUUGGAAGGCCCAGAUGUUGAUGUUAAUUUGCCCUCUACAGACAUUGAAGUAAAAGCACCAGAAGUGGACAUCACAGCACCAGAUUUUGACAUAAAGGGUCCAGAUUCCAAAUUCAAAGGACCUAAAUUCAACAUGCCAAAAAUGCCAGGAAUGAAUGUCUCCAUGCCAGAUGUGGAUUUCAACUUGAAAGGUCCCAAGGUCAAAGGAGACAUAGAUGCAUCCUUACCAAAGAUAGAAGGAGACAUGAAAACUCCUGAUCUUGAUAUCAAGGGUCCAGAUGUCAACAUUGAUGGGACAAAGGCUGGAUUUGAAAUGCCUAAAGUAAAAAUGCCAUCACUCAACAUCAAAGGUCCAAAAAUGGAAAAGCCAGAGCUUGACCUUAAACUAAAAGGCCCAAAGGUUGGAGGAGAUUUGGAUGUUAAAGUUCCAAAGAUUGAAGGAGACAUAAAAGCUCCGGAUGUGGACAUUGGAGGAGCUGAGUUGGACAUUGAAGGGCCAAAAGGAGGUUUUAAAAUGCCUAAAUUCAAAAUGCCAACUUUUGGCAGUAAAGGUCACAAAUGGGAAGGCCCAGAUGUUGAUGUUAAUUUGCCCUCUCCAGACAUUGAAGUAAAAGCACCAGAAGUGGACAUCGCAGCACCAGAUGUUGACAUAAAAGGUCCAGAUGCCAAAUUAAAAGGACCUAAAUUUAACAUGCCAAAAAUGCCAGGAAUGAAUGUCUCCAUGCCAGAUGUGGAUUUGAACUUGAAAGGUCCCAAGGUCAAAGGAGACAUAGAUGCAUCCUUACCAAAGAUAGAAGGAGACAUGAAAACUCCUGAUCUUGAUAUCAAAGGUCCAGAUGUCAACAUUGAUGGGACAAAGGCUGGAUUUGAAAUGCCUAAAGUAAAAAUGCCAUCACUCAACAUCAAAGGUCCAAAAAUGGAAAAGCCAGAGUUUGACCUUAAACUAAAAGGCCCAAAAAUUGGAGGAGAUUUGGAUGUUAAAGCUCCAAAGAUUGAAGGAGACAUAAAAGCUCCGGAUGUGGACAUUGGAGAAGCUGAGAUGGAUAUUGAAGGCCAAAAAGCAGGUUUUAAAAUGCCUAAAUUCAAAAUGCCAACUUUUGGCAGUAAAGGUCACAAAUUGGAAGGCCCAGAUGUUGAUGUUAAUUUGCCCUCUACAGACAUUGAAGUAAAAGCACCAGAAGUGGACAUCACAGCACCAGAUUUUGACAUAAAGGGUCCAGAUGCCAAAUUCAAAGGACCUAAAUUUAACAUGCCAAAAAUGCCAGGAAUGAAUGUCUCCAUGCCAGAUGUGGAUUUCAACUUGAAAGGUCCCAAGGUCAAAGGAGACAUAGAUGCAUCCUUACCAAAGAUAGAAGGAGACAUGAAAACUCCUGAUCUUGAUAUCAAGGGUCCAGAUGUCAACAUUGAUGGGACAAAGGCUGGAUUUGAAAUGCCUAAAGUAAAAAUGCCAUCACUCAACAUCAAAGGUCCAAAAAUGGAAAAGCCAGAGUUUGACCUUAAACUAAAAGGCCCAAAAGUUGGAGGAGAUUUGGAUGUUAAAGUUCCAAAGAUUGAAGGAGACAUAAAAGCUCCAGAUGUGGACAUUGGAGGAGCUGAGUUGGACAUUGAAGGGCCAAAAGGAGGUUUCAAAAUGCCUAAAUUCAAAAUGCCAACUUUUGGCAGUAAAGGUCACAAAUUGGAAGGCCCAGAUGUUGAUGUUAAUUUGCCCUCUACAGACAUUGAAGUAAAAGCACCAGAAGUGGACAUCACAGCACCAGAUUUUGACAUAAAGGGUCCAGAUGCCAAAUUCAAAGGACCUAAAUUUAACAUGCCAAAAAUGCCAGGAAUGAAUGUCUCCAUGCCAGAUGUGGAUUUCAACUUGAAAGGUCCCAAGGUCAAAGGAGACAUAGAUGCAUCCUUACCAAAAAUAGAGGGAGACAUGAAAACUUCUGAUCUUGAUAUCAAGGGUCCAGAUGUCAACAUUGAUGGGACAAAGGCUGGAUUUGAAAUGCCUAAAGUAAAAAUGCCAUCACUCAACAUCAAAGGUCCAAAAAUGGAAAAGCCAGAGUUUGACCUUAAACUAAAAGGCCCAAAAGUUGGAGGAGAUUUGGAUGUUAAAGCUCCAAAUAUUGAAGGAGACAUAAAAGCUCCGGAUGUGGACAUUGGACGAGCUGAGUUGGACAUUGAAGGGCCAAAAGGAGGUUUCAAAAUGCCUAAAUUCAAAAUGCCAACUUUUGGUAGUAAAGGUCACAAAUUGGAAGGCCCAGAUGUUGAUGUUAAUUUGCCCUCUACAGACAUUGAAGUAAAAGCACCAGAAGUGGACAUCACAGCACCAGAUUUUGACAUAAAGGGUCCAGAUUCCAAAUUCAAAGGACCUAAAUUCAACAUGCCAAAAAUGCCAGGAAUGAAUGUCUCCAUGCCAGAUGUGGAUUUCAACUUGAAAGGUCCCAAGGUCAAAGGAGACAUAGAUGCAUCCUUACCAAAGAUAGAAGGAGACAUGAAAACUCCUGAUCUUGAUAUCAAGCGUCCAGAUGUCAACAUUGAUGGGACAAAGGCUGGAUUUGAAAUGCCUAAAGUAAAAAUGCCAUCACUCAACAUCAAAGGUCCAAAAAUGGAAAAGCCAGAGUUUGACCUUAAAUUAAAAGGCCCAAAAGUUGGAGGAGAUUUGGAUGUUAAAGCUCCAAAGAUUGAAGGAGACAUAAAAGCUCCGGAUGUGGACAUUGGAGAAGCUGAGUUGGACAUUGAAGGGCCAAAAGGAGGUUUCAAAAUGCCUAAAUUCAAAAUGCCAACUUUUGGCAGUAAAGGUCACAAAUUGGAAGGCCCAGAUGUUGAUGUUAAUUUGCCCUCUACAGACAUUGAAGUAAAAGCACCAGAAGUGGACAUCACAGCACCAGAUUUUGACAUAAAGGGUCCAGAUGCCAAAUUCAAAGGACCUAAAUUUAACAUGCCAAAAAUGCCAGGAAUGAAUGUCUCCAUGCCAGAUGUGGAUUUCAACUUGAAAGGUCCCAAGGUCAAAGGAGACAUAGAUGCAUCCUUACCAAAGAUAGAGGGAGACAUGAAAACUUCUGAUCUUGAUAUCAAGGGUCCAGAUGUCAACAUUGAUGGGACAAAGGCUGGAUUUGAAAUGCCUAAAGUAAAAAUGCCAUCACUCAACAUCAAAGGUCCAAAAAUGGAAAAGCCAGAGUUUGACCUUAAACUAAAAGGCCCAAAAGUUGGAGGAGAUUUGGAUGUUAAAGCUCCAAAUAUUGAAGGAGACAUAAAAGCUCCGGAUGUGGACAUUGGACGAGCUGAGUUGGACAUUGAAGGGCCAAAAGGAGGUUUCAAAAUGCCUAAAUUCAAAAUGCCAACUUUUGGUAGUAAAGGUCACAAAUUGGAAGGCCCAGAUGUUGAUGUUAAUUUGCCCUCUACAGACAUUGAAGUAAAAGCACCAGAAGUGGACAUCACAGCACCAGAUUUUGACAUAAAGGGUCCAGAUUCCAAAUUCAAAGGACCUAAAUUCAACAUGCCAAAAAUGCCAGGAAUGAAUGUCUCCAUGCCAGAUGUGGAUUUCAACUUGAAAGGUCCCAAGGUCAAAGGAGACAUAGAUGCAUCCUUACCAAAGAUAGAAGGAGACAUGAAAACUCCUGAUCUUGAUAUCAAGCGUCCAGAUGUCAACAUUGAUGGGACAAAGGCUGGAUUUGAAAUGCCUAAAGUAAAAAUGCCAUCACUCAACAUCAAAGGUCCAAAAAUGGAAAAGCCAGAGUUUGACCUUAAAUUAAAAGGCCCAAAAGUUGGAGGAGAUUUGGAUGUUAAAGCUCCAAAGAUUGAAGGAGACAUAAAAGCUCCGGAUGUGGACAUUGGAGAAGCUGAGUUGGACAUUGAAGGGCCAAAAGGAGGUUUCAAAAUGCCUAAAUUCAAAAUGCCAACUUUUGGCAGUAAAGGUCACAAAUUGGAAGGCCCAGAUGUUGAUGUUAAUUUGCCCUCUACAGACAUUGAAGUAAAAGCACCAGAUGUGGACAUCACAGCACCAGAUUUUGACAUAAAGGGUCCAGAUGCCAAAUUCAAAGGACCUAAAUUUAACAUGCCAAAAAUGCCAGGAAUGAAUGUCUCCAUGCCAGAUGUGGAUUUCAACUUGAAAGGUCCCAAGGUCAAAGGAGACAUAGAUGCAUCCUUACCAAAGAUAGAAGGAGACAUGAAAACUCCUGAUCUUGAUAUCAAGGGUCCAGAUGUCAACAUUGAUGGGACAAAGGCUGGAUUUGAAAUGCCUAAAGUAAAAAUGCCAUCACUCAACAUCAAAGGUCCAAAAAUGGAAAAGCCACAGUUUGACCUUAAACUAAAAGGCCCAAAAGUUGGAGGAGAUUUGGAUGUUAAAGCUCCAAAGAUUGAAGGAGACAUAAAAGCUCCGGAUGUGGACAUUGGAGGAGCUGAGUUGGACAUUGAAGGGCCAAAAGGAGGUUUCAAAAUGCCUAAAUUCAAAAUGCCAACUUUUGGCAGUAAAGGUCACAAAUUGGAAGGCCCAGAUGUUGAUGUUAAUUUGCCCUCCACAGACAUUGAAGUAAAAGCACCAGAAGUGGACAUCACAGCACCAGAUUUUGACAUAAAGGGUCCAGAUGCCAAAUUCAAAGGACCUAAAUUUAACAUGCCAAAAAUGCCAGGAAUGAAUGUCUCUAUGCCAGAUGUGGAUUUCAACUUGAAAGGUCCCAAGGUCAAAGGAGACAUAGAUGCAUCCUUACCAAAGAUAGAAGGAGACAUGAAAACUCCUGAUCUUGAUAUCAAGGGUCCAGAUGUCAACAUUGAUGGGACAAAGGCUGGAUUUGAAAUGCCUAAAGUAAAAAUGCCAUCACUCAACAUCAAAGGUCCAAAAAUGGAAAAGCCAGAGUUUGACCUUAAACUAAAAGGCCCGAAAGUUGGAGGAGAUUUGGAUGUUAAAGUUCCGAAGAUUGAAGGAGACUUAAAAGCUCCGGAUGUGGACAUUGGAGGAGCUGAGUUGGACAUUGAAGGGCCAAAAGGAGGUUUCAAAAUGCCUAAAUUCAAAAUGCCAACUUUUGGCAGUACAGGUCACAAAUUGGAAGGCCCAGAUGUUGAUGUUAAUUUGCCCUCUACAGACAUUGAAGUAAAAGCACCAGAUGUGGACAUCACAGCACCAGAUUUUGACAUAAAGGGUCCAGAUGCCAAAUUCAAAGGACCUAAAUUUAACAUGCCAAAAAUGCCAGGAAUGAAUGUCUCCAUGCCAGAUGUGGAUUUCAACUUGAAAGGUCCCAAGGUCAAAGGAGACAUAGAUGCAUCCUUACCAAAGAUAGAAGGAGACAUGAAAACUCCUGAUCUUGAUAUCAAGGGUCCAGAUGUCAACAUUGAUGGGACAAAGGCUGGAUUUGAAAUGCCUAAAGUAAAAAUGCCAUCACUCAACAUCAAAGGUCCAAAAAUGGAAAAGCCAGAGUUUGACCUUAAACUAAAAGGCCCAAAAGUUGGAGGAGAUUUGGAUGUUAAAAUUCCAAAGAUCGAAGGAGACAUAAAAGCUCCGGAUGUGGACAUUGGAGGAGCUGAGUUGGACAUUGAAGGGCCAAAAGGAGGUUUCAAAAUGCCUAAAUUCAAAAUGCCAACUUUUGGCAGUAAAGGUCACAAAUUGGAAGGCCCAGAUGUUGAUGUUAAUUUGCCCUCUACAGACAUUGAAGUAAAAGCACCAGAUGUGGACAUCACAGCACCAGAUUUUGACAUAAAGGGUCCAGAUGCCAAAUUCAAAGGACCUAAAUUUAACAUGCCAAAAAUGCCAGGAAUGAAUGUCUCCAUGCCAGAUGUGGAUUUCAACUUGAAAGGUCCCAAGGUCAAAGGAGACAUAGAUGCAUCCUUACCAAAGAUAGAAGGAGACAUGAAAACUCCUGAUCUUGAUAUCAAGGGUCCAGAUGUCAACAUUGAUGGGACAAAGGCUGGAUUUGAAAUGCCUAAAGUAAAAAUGCCAUCACUCAACAUCAAAGGUCCAAAAAUGGAAAAGCCAGAGUUUGACCUUAAAUUUAAAGGCCCAAAAGUUGGAGGAGAUUUGGAUGUUAAAGUUCCAAAUAUUGAAGGAGACUUAAAAACUCCGGAUGUGGACAUUGGAGGAGCUGAGUUGGACAUUGAAGGGCAAAAAGGAGGUUUCAGAAUGCCUAAAUUCAAAAUGCCAACUUUUGGCAGUAAAGGUCACAAAUUGGAAGGCCCAGAUGUUGAUGUUAAUCUGCCCUCUACAGACAUUGACGUAAAAGUUCCAGAUGUGGACAUCACAGCACCAGAUGUCGACAUUAAGGGUUCAGAUGCCAAAUUCAAAGGACCUAAAUUUAACAUGCCAAAAAUGCCAGGAAUGAAUGUCUCCAUGCCAGAUGUGGAUUUCAACUUGAAAGGUCCCAAGGUCAAAGGAGACAUAGAUGCAUCCUUACCAAAGAUAGAGGGAGACAUGAAAACUCCUGAUCUUGAUAUCAAGGGUCCAGAUGUCAACAUUGAUGGGACAAAGGCUGGAUUUGAAAUGCCUAAAGUAAAAAUGCCAUCACUCAACAUCAAAGGUCCAAAAAUGGAAAAGCCAGAGUUUGACCUUAAACUAAAAGGCCCAAAAGUUGGAGGAGAUUUGGAUGUUAAAGCUCCAAAGAUUGAAGGAGACAUAAAAGCUCCGGUUGUGGACAUUGGAGGAGCUGAGUUGGACAUUGAAGGGCAAAAAGGAGGUUUCAGAAUGCCUAAAUUCAAAAUGCCAACUUUUGGCAGUAAAGGUCACAAAUUGGAAGGCCCAGAUGUUGAUGUUAAUCUGCCCUCUACAGACAUUGACGUAAAAGUUCCAGAUGUGGACAUCACAGCACCAGAUGUCGACAUUAAGGGUUCAGAUGCCAAAUUCAAAGGACCUAAAUUUAACAUGCCAAAAAUGCCAGGAAUGAAUGUUUCCAUGCCAGAUGUGGAUUUCAACUUGAAAGGUCCCAAGGUCAAAGGAGACAUAGAUGCAUCCUUACCAAAGAUAGAAGGAGACAUGAAAACUCCUGAUCUUGAUAUCAAGGGUCCAGAUGUAAACAUUGAUGGGACAAAGGCUGGAUUUGAAAUGCCUAAAGUAAAAAUGCCAUCACUCAACAUCAAAAGUCCAAAAAUGGAAAAGCCAGACGUUGACAUUAAACUAAAAGGCCCAAAGGUUGGAGGAGAUUUGGAUGUUAAAACUCCAAAUAUUGACGGAGACAUUAAAGCACUUGAUGGAAAAAUUGGAGGAGCUACUGUUGGAAUUAAAGGGUCAAAGGGAGGUUUUAAAAUGCCUAAAUUCAAAAUGCCAACUUUUGGCAGUAAAAGUCACAAAUUGGAAGGCCCAGAUGUUGAUGUUAAUCUACCCUCUAAAAACAUUGAAGUAAAAACACCAGAUAUGGACAUCGCACUACCAGAUGUUGGCAUUGAGGGUCCAGAUUCCAAAUUCAAAGGACCUAAAUUUAACAUGCCAAAAAUGCCAGGAAUGAAUGUCUCCAUGCCAGAUGUGGAUUUCAACUUGAAAGGUCCCAAGCUCAAAGGAGACAUAAAUGCAUCCUUACCAAAGAUCGAGGGAGACAUAAAAGCCCCUGACCUUGAUAUCAAGGGUCCAGACGUCAACAUUGAUGGGACAAAGGCUGGAUUUGAAAUGCCUAAAGUAAAAAUGCCAUCACUCAACAUCAAAGGUCCAAAAAUGGAAAAGCCAGAGUUUGACCUUAAACUAAAAGGCCCAAAGGUUGGAGGAGAUUUGGAUGUUAAAGCUCCAAAUAUUGAAGGAGACAUAAAAACACCUGAUUUGGACAUUGGAGGAGCUGAGUUGGACAUUGAAGGGCCAAAAGGAGGUUUCAAAAUGCCUAAAUUCAAAAUGCCAACUUUUGGCAGUAAAGGUCACAAAUUGGAAGGCCCAGAUGUUGAUGUUAAUUUGCCCUCUACAGACAUUGAAGUAAAAGCACCAGAUGUGGACAUCACAGCACCAGAUUUUGACAUAAAGGGUCCAGAUGCCAAAUUCAAAGGACCUAAAUUUAACGUGCCAAAAAUGCCAGGAAUGAAUGUCUCCAUGCCAGAUGUGGAUUUCAACUUGAAAGGUCCCAAGGUCAAAGGAGACAUAGAUGCAUCCUUACCAAAGAUAGAAGGAGACAUGAAAACUCCUGAUCUUGAUAUCAAGGUUCCAGAUGUCAACAUUGAUGGGACAAAGGCUGGAUUUGAAAUGCCUAAAGUAAAAAUGCCAUCACUCAACAUCAAAGGUCCAAAAAUGGAAAAGCCAGAGUUUGACCUUAAACUAAAAGGCCCAAAGAUUGGAGGAGAUUUGGAUGUUAAAGCUCCAAAUAUUGAAGGAGACAUAAAAACACCUGAUUUGGACAUUGGAGGAGCUGAGUUGGACAUUGAAGGGCCAAAAGGAGGUUUUAAAAUGCCUAAAUUCAAAAUGCCAACUUUUGGCAGUAAAGGUCACAAAUGGGAAGGCCCAGAUGUUGAUGUUAAUUUGCCCUCUCCAGACAUUGAAGUAAAAGCACCAGAAGUGGACAUCGCAGCACCAGAUGUUGACAUAAAAGGUCCAGAUGCCAAAUUAAAAGGACCUAAAUUUAACAUGCCAAAAAUGCAAGGAAUGAAUGUCUCCAUGCCAGAUGUUGAUUUCAACUUGAAAGGUCCCAAGGUCAAAGGAGACAUAGAUGCAUCCUUACCAAAGAUAGAAGGAGACAUGAAAACUCCUGAUCUUGAUAUCAAGGGUCCAGAUGUCAACAUUGAUGGGACAAAGGCUGGAUUUGAAAUGCCUAAAGUAAAAAUGCCAUCACUCAACAUCAAAGGUCCAAAAAUGGAAAAGCCAGAGUUUGACCUUAAACUAAAAGGCCCAAAAGUUGGAGGAGAUUUGGAUGUUAAAGUUCCAAAGAUUGAAGGAGACAUAAAAGCUCCGGAUGUGGACAUUGGAGGAGCUGACUUGGACAUUGAAGGGCCAAAAGGAGGUUUCAAAAUGCCUAAAUUCAAAAUGCCAACUUUUGGCAGUAAAGGUCACAAAUUGGAAGGCCCAGAUGUUGAUGUUAAUUUGCCCUCUACAGACAUUGAAGUAAAAGCACCAGAAGUGGACAUCACAGCACCAGAUUUUGACAUAAAGGGUCCAGAUGCCAAAUUCAAAGGACCUAAAUUUAACAUGCCAAAAAUGCCAGGAAUGAAUGUCUCCAUGCCAGAUGUGGAUUUCAACUUGAAAGGUCCCAAGGUCAAAGGAGACAUAGAUGCAUCCUUACCAAAGAUAGAAGGAGACAUGAAAACUCCUGAUCUUGAUAUCAAGGGUCCAGAUGUCAACAUUGAUGGGACAAAGGCUGGAUUUGAAAUGCCUAAAGUAAAAAUGCCAUCACUCAACAUCAAAGGUCCAAAAAUGGAAAAGCCAGAGUUUGACCUUAAACUAAAAGGCCCAAAGAUUGGAGGAGAUUUGGAUGUUAAAGCUCCAAAUAUUGAAGGAGACAUAAAAACACCUGAUUUGGACAUUGGAGGAGCUGAGUUGGACAUUGAAGGGCCAAAAGGAGGUUUUAAAAUGCCUAAAUUCAAAAUGCCAACUUUUGGCAGUAAAGGUCACAAAUGGGAAGGCCCAGAUGUUGAUUUGAAUUUGCCCUCUACAGACAUUGAAGUAAAAGCACCAGAUGUGGACAUCGCAGCACCAGAUGUUGACAUAAAAGGUCCAGAUGCCAAAUUAAAAGGACCUAAAUUUAACAUGCCAAAAAUGCCAGGAAUGAAUGUCUCCAUGCCAGAUGUGGAUUUCAACUUGAAAGGUCCCAAGGUCAAAGGAGACAUAGAUGCAUCCUUACCAAAGAUAGAAGGAGACAUGAAAACUCCUGAUCUUGAUAUCAAGGGUCCAGAUGUCAACAUUGAUGGGACAAAGGCUGGAUUUGAAAUGCCUAAAGUAAAAAUGCCAACACUCAACAUCAAAGGUCCAAAAAUGGAAAAGCCAGAGUUUGACAUUAAUCUAAAAGGCCCAAAAGUUGGAGGAGAUUUGGAUGUUAAAGUUCCAAAGAUUGAAGGAGACAUAAAAGCUCCGGAUGUGGACAUUGGAGGAGCUGAGUUGGACAUUGAAGGGGCAAAAGGAGGUUUCAAAAUGCCUAAAUUCAAAAUGCCAACUUUUGGCAGUAAAGGUCACAAAUUGGAAGGCCCAGAUGUUGAUGUUAAUCUGCCUUCUACAGACAUUGAAGUAAAAGCACCAGAAGUGGACAUCACAGCACCAGAUUUUGACAUAAAGGGUCCAGAUGCCAAAUUCAAAGGACCUAAAUUUAACAUGCCAAAAAUGCCAGGAAUGAAUGUCUCCAUGCCAGAUGUGGAUUUCAACUUGAAAGGUCCCAAGGUCAAAGGAGACAUAGACGCAUCCUUACCAAAGAUAGAAGGAGACAUGAAUACUCCUGAUCUUGAUAUCAAGGGUCCAGAUGUCAACAUUGAUGGGACAAAGGCUGGAUUUGAAAUGCCUAAAGUAAAAAUGCCAUCACUCAACAUCAAAGGUCCAAAAAUGGAAAAGCCAGAGUUUGACCUUAAACUAAAAGGCCCAAAAGUUGGAGGAGAUUUGGAUGUUAAAAUUCCAAAGAUCGAAGGAGACAUAAAAGCAGCAGGAGUUUCUGGAUCCAAUGUAUCUUUGCCAGAUGUUGAUGUCGGAAGAAAAGUUCCAGAAACACAGGCUGAUUUUAAGGGAUCAUGUCAGUUUCCAAACAUUGACAUUAAGGGAUCAGAGGUGUCAUCUGAAAUUCCAGAAAUCAGUACAAAGAAAAUGAAGUUCAAAAUGCCAAAGAUUGGUUUCAAGGGUUCAAAGACAAAAGUUUCAGAAAGUAAUUUAAAAUCAGACAUUGAAGUUGACAGUUCAGUUGACCUUAAGGGGCGCAACGAAAGGUUAAAAAUGCCAAAAUUUAAAAUGCCAUCAUUUGAGGAAAAAGGUCUACAAUUUGAGGAGUCUGAAGUGGAUGUCAACCUUCCGAAGUCCCGCAUUGACAUUGAACACAACGAGAAGGACAUAAAAGGAAUAGGCAUUGACAUUAGCCCCAGUGGUAAAAUUCAAAGACCCAAAUUCAGUAUGCCAGAUUUAUCAGAAUCUAAAGUUUCCAUGCACGAUUUGGAUUUAAAUCUAAAAAGUCCUAAAAGUGAAUUUGAAGGUGACAUGCCAGUUCCAAAGUUGGAAGGGAAAAUAACAGCCCCAGAGGUUAAUUUAGAAAUGUCCAAAAGUAGAUCUAAAAUAGGAGGGAAUAUUGAUGAUAUUAGUGCAAAUGCUAGCAUGAGCAAGUUUGUAAAUAAAUCUCUAGAAUUGGAAGGGCCAGAACCAAAAAUUAAGACCCCUGCAGUAAGUGUGGGAGCAAAAGGGUCUACAACAGAUGUUGGUUUUCAACAAUCUGAAGUCAGUGUUGACACCCCUGACACAGAUAUAAAUGUGAAAGGGAAAAAGGGAAAGUUUAAAAUUGCUAAAGUAAAAGGAAAGGCAAAGAAAGCUGACACUAAAGUACUGGCCACUGAUCUUGGUGAGGACACAUCCCACAUUCAUGUCAAAGAGACAAAGACUAAGAAGUCUUUGUUUGGUAAGAUUCACUUCCCAGAUGUUGAAUUAGAUAUGAAAUCCCCAAAAAUGAAAGGAGAUGGAACUUUAGCUGAAGGUGUUAAAUCAUCUAAAACAGAUUUGGUGUCUGCUGGCUUAAAUACUUCUUUUGAUUGUUCUGGAACUGCUGGUGCAAAUGUUGGUUUGGAAGGGCCAGAUGUGAAAGUAAGUUCUUCAGCAACAAGUGGGUCAGGUGGUGGUCUUCGCUAUCCUGAAGGGAAAUUAACAUUUUCCAAAAUCAGGGUGCCUAAGUUCGGUAUUGUAAAGGCUGAUUUUGAAGGCCUGGAUAGUGACAAUAAAGUUGAAUCAGAAGUUUUAUCCGGUGGAGACAUAAACACACAGUCCCAAUCUGCCAGUCACAAAGUCAGCUCACAUAAUAUUGCGAUUCAAAGCCCUGAACUGAGUCAUAGUGAAGGCAAAAUAAAGUUAAAGAUGCCAAAAUUUUUUGGCAAAUCGAAAGUAAAAGGAAGUACAGAUGAUCUUCGUGGCACAGAUGUAGAAUUAGGAGCAAGUGGACAAGUGCAUAAGGCUUCAACAGAGCUAUGUGCACCUUCUUAUGAUGGUGGAAACUUGGAAAUGGAAGGCACUACUGGACUCACCUUGUCAUCUAAAAGCAAGUCAGCUUCAUUGGAUUUAUUUAAAAACCCAAGACAUCGGUCUUCGUCCCACAGCGAUGAAGGGUCACCAGCAACUAGUUCUCCUACCCUAGAAGCUGAGGCUUGUGAUGUUUCCCUUGACCUAGGAGUAAACAAGGUUAAAGGGAAAAAAAGCAAGUUAAAGUUUGGUACAUUUGGAGGUUUUGGUUCAAAGUCAAAGGGCUCAUAUGAAGUAACACUUGGAGGAGAAAAUGAGGCAGGGAUGGAGGGAAGCUCAAGUGUUUCCACACCCUCAAAAAAAUCAAGACUAUCUUCAUCCUCAAGUAGUGACAGUGGUUCAAGAGCAGGCCUUAAAUUCCCAAAACUUGAGCUUUCUGUUUCACCCAAAAAGUGAUUCAGUCAAGCAUUCUUACACUUAAAUACAUUCUCCCAUAAGUGUGAAUUCUUUACUAUAGGCUUUUUGAAACCUGGGAUAGCAUGCACAAAUAUGUUUUUUUAAGAAAUUAGACUGGAGAACAUGAGAUUGUCAAAUUGUUUAUAAUCCUUUCAGCAUGUAAAUAAGAUUAAUUUGUAUUUUAUUGAUAUUGAAGAUUUUCUGUAAAUAUUCCAGAUUUAUUGACCAGAUGCCAUCUUAUCAAAUGAUCACAGAUUAAAUGUUGCAGGGGUUGUUUCCGCUGCUUCCGGCUGUUUUGGUGGGAUAUAUAUGUUUUCAAGGGUUUACUAAACAUAACAUACAGUAUACUUAGACUUGUUAGUUUGAAGGAAAAUAUUCUUUAUACAUUCAAAAACAUUUUAAAAACUAUUUUUUUAAUGUAUGGAGUUAUUUUAGCUUUCAUAUGAUAUAUCCACUGCAAAAAUAUACUUCCACAACACAGAGCAGGUCAUUUUUAAACACAUUCUAAAGAGUAAAUAUUUUGUACAUAAAACAAAUGCAAUAUGAUCCCUGUUUGGAUGCUUUUUAUGUGCUAUGUACUUUUUUGUGUUGAUUCAAAAGAUUAUGUACUUUUCAAGUUUUUUCAAGUUUCAAUGCUCGUCACCAAAACUAAAAAAAAAAGAAUUAGCCUUGUUCUUGUAAAGAGACAUUUUUUUCCUGGCUUUCUUGACGUUUUAUGUUGCUCUGCAUUUUAUCUUUUUUUAAGGCUGUUUAUGUACACUCACGUUACUUACAAAUAAAAAAUGACAAAACAAGUGCAUUUUGAUGUUGAUAGAAUGUUGGACAUUGAUGAAUUAAUGAUUCAAUACAAUGAAAAUCCGGAUUUUCUUGGGUUAUUUCUUUUGUGUGCAUUUUGCUAAACAUACUAAAUAAAGAGAUUUAUACAACUGUA